UCCAGCGGUCUGCGCUGCGAACGGGAGCCAAGUAGCGGAGACGGCGAGAAGGAUCUCUGAGCUUUAGUGACUGCAGAUUUCACACUGGAACAACAUUACAAGAAGAUGCCUUUGGGUGAAGAUGGAAAUGGCUGGAAAAAGAAAACAUCAGAUAUUAAAGAGAACUAUGACUUCAAGGAAGUCCUGGGCACAGGGGCUUUUUCUGAGGUGGUCUUGGCUGAGGAAAAGAGGACCCAGAGGCUCGUAGCAAUCAAGUGCAUCCCCAAGAAGGCCCUAGAGGGAAAGGAGACAAGCAUUGAGAAUGAGAUCGCUGUCCUCCACAAGAUCAAACACACAAAUAUUGUUUCCCUGGAAGACAUCUUUGAGAGUACAUCCCACUUAUAUCUCGUCAUGCAGCUUGUGUCUGGUGGGGAGCUCUUUGACAGGAUCGUGGAGAAGGGAUUCUACACAGAGAAAGAUGCCAGUAAACUUAUCCGGCAGAUCUUGGAUGCUGUUAAGUACCUCCAUGACAUGGGCAUUGUACAUCGGGACCUGAAGCCUGAGAACCUGCUGUACUACAGUAUGGAGGAGGACUCCAAGAUCAUGAUCAGCGACUUUGGGCUGUCCAAAAUUGAGGAGACAGGGAGUGUGAUGUCCACAGCGUGCGGUACACCUGGAUACGUGGCUCCUGAAGUCCUGGCCCAGAAGCCCUACAGCAAGGCUGUGGACUGCUGGUCUAUAGGAGUGAUCUCCUACAUUCUUUUAUGUGGAUAUCCUCCAUUCUACGAUGAAAACGAUGCCAAGCUCUUCGAGCAGAUCCUUAAAGCAGAGUAUGAGUUUGAUUCACCAUAUUGGGACGAUAUUUCCGAUUCAGCCAAAGACUUCAUUGUUCACUUGAUGGAGAAAGACCCCAGGAAGAGGUACACGUGUGAGCAGGCGCUGCAACACCCCUGGAUAUCUGGAGACACCGCACUGGAUAAAAACAUCCAUGAGUCUGUCAGCGCCCAGAUCAGGAAGAACUUUGCCAAAAGCAAAUGGAAGCAAGCAUUCAAUGCCACAGCAGUGGUCAGGCACAUGAGAAGGUUGCAGCUAGGUACCAGUCAAGAGGGCCCCAGCCAGAUCACGCCCACCAGCCCCUGCCAGGGUGACCUGCUGCUGCACGAGGAAGAGGAAGAGGAAGAAGAGAAUGAGUCACACUGUGAAGGCGGCUGUUCCCAGAAUGCCGAGGGCUGUGAGGAGCAGGAUGGCCUUCAGAACUGCACCUACUGUUGUCACCCAGCCAGCCGUGCCUGAGCAGGAUCUUUUCUCCAUGGCAGUGACUGAGAGCUGACUGGAGAGCUGACAACUGACUGGAGCCCUGAACCCCCAGUCUGGCCAGGAAUACAGAGUUAUUCCAGCAGCUCCCAGCAGGUGGUGCUGCUGUGUACAGAAUCAUAGGUGAUGAGGGACAUUGUGCCAGUGGAGUAAAAACACAAUAUAAGUGUUCACACAGAAGUGAACGGGUAGGAGCAGGCCCAGAUGCAUCUUGGGUAAUACCGUGAAAGACAGGCAUGGACAGGGUCUCAUGUGUUUGUUUUCCUCUAAACAUCUUUUUAUUCAAGUGUCCAUAUCCCUCUUAACAUAAAAAUCAUACUCAAAACACACCUAUUUAUAUGAACUCAUUGAAGAGGCUAUUGUUUCUGUGUAUACAGAAUAUAAAGGGACAGAGCUGUCCCACUUCUUUGUCACUUUUUCUUUUUCUGUGGAAGAAAACAUCAAUAGAUGGUUAGUUUACUUUGAUAAGCAUUUAAGUACUCUCACCGCAGUGAUGGUGCAUAGUGAUGGUGGUGGUAUUAAUGGUAAUAUAUGCAGAGCUCAUAUUUGUAACGACUGUGCGUAGUCAGACAUUGUCACUGGAAACCUCUAAACUACAUUUCAGAACACUCCUUACACUUUUCAUCUGGUGUAUAAAUACAUUUUGCCAUGGGACUUGUGACUAGAUUGACUAGAUUCACUUAAUGACUUUUGUAUCUAUUAUUCUGUCUCUUAAGGCAUUAGGGUAAUACA